CCUGAGGACUCAGCGGAGGGUGGGCGCUGCCGUGGCCUCCUGCCGCCGGCGGGUUUCCGCAGAGUGCAGCCCGGCUCCGCGCUGCCGCGGCCGCGGCCCAUGGGCAGAGUCUGCCGGGCGGGCCAGCAUUAAACUGAAGAAAAGAUGUCCCUGUACGAUGACCUAGGAGUGGAGACCAGUGACUCAAAAACAGAAGGCUGGUCCAAAAACUUCAAACUUCUGCAGUCUCAGCUUCAGGUGAAGAAGGCAGCUCUCACUCAGGCAAAGAGCCAAAGGACGAAACAAAGUACAGUCCUCGCCCCAGUCAUUGACCUGAAGCGAGGUGGCUCCUCAGAUGACCGGCAAAUUGUGGACACUCCACCACAUGUAGCAGCUGGGCUGAAGGAUCCUGUUCCCAGUGGGUUUUCUGCAGGGGAAGUUCUGAUUCCCUUAGCUGACGAAUAUGACCCUAUGUUUCCUAAUGAUUAUGAAAAAGUAGUGAAGCGCCAAAGAGAGGAACGACAGAGACAGCGGGAGCUGGAAAGACAAAAGGAAAUAGAAGAAAGGGAAAAAAGGCGCAAAGACAGACAUGAAGCAAGUGUGUUUGCAAGGAGACCAGAUCCAGAUUCUGAUGAAGAUGAAGAUUAUGAGCGAGAGAGGAGGAAAAGAAGUAUGGGCGGUGCUGCCAUUGCCCCACCCACUUCUCUGGUAGAGAAAGACAAAGAGUUACCCCGAGAUUUUCCUUAUGAAGAGUACUCAAGACCUCGAUCACAGUCUUCCAAAGCUGCCAUUCCUUCCCCAGUGUACGAGGAACAAGACAGACCGAGAUCUCCAACUGGGCCUAGCAACUCCUUCCUGGCUAACAUGGGGGGCACGGUGGCGCACAAGAUCAUGCAGAAGUACGGCUUCCAGGAGGGCCAGGGUCUGGGGAAGCACGAGCAGGGGCUGAGCACCGCCUUGUCAGUGGAGAAGACCAGCAAGCGUGGCGGCAAGAUCAUCGUGGGUGACGCCACAGAGAAAGAUGCAUCCAAGAAGUCAGAUUCGAAUCCACUGACUGAAAUACUUAAGUGUCCUACUAAAGUGGUCCUACUAAGGAACAUGGUUGGUGCGGGAGAGGUGGAUGAAGACUUGGAAGUUGAAACCAAGGAAGAAUGUGAAAAAUAUGGCAAAGUUGGAAAAUGUGUGAUAUUUGAAAUUCCUGGUGCCCCUGAUGAUGAAGCAGUACGGAUAUUUUUAGAAUUUGAGAGAGUUGAAUCAGCAAUUAAAGCGGUUGUUGACUUGAAUGGGAGGUAUUUUGGUGGACGGGUGGUAAAAGCAUGUUUCUACAAUUUGGACAAAUUCAGGGUCUUGGAUUUGGCAGAACAAGUUUGAUUUUAAGAACUAGAGCACGAGUCAUCUCCGGUGAUCCUUAAAUGAACUGCAGGCUGAGAAAAGAA